ACGCACCUCCAGAAUCACAUUCCCAACUGAUCGAUUUUCUCAUCGCCGUUCUGAUUAGUAUUUUCAAUAUAUCUUGGUUACGAUAAAAUCUUUUUGGAAAAGUAAAUACAUAUUCUGAAGAUUUUAUCGUAACCAAGAUAUAUUGAAAAUACUAAUCGGAACGGCGAUGAGAAAAUCGAUCAGUUGGGAAUGUGAUUCUGGAGGUGCGUUUGUGUAACUCUCGUAUUUCGUCUGAGGAUAAAAGCUAUGUAACAUCAAAAUAGACAGUUCGAUAGAGAAUUCGACGAGCUAUCCAACGGUAUAUUGGCUUUUAAAAACGUCAGGCAGAAAACUAUCGUAAUGAAUAAAAUACCAAUUCCAACUUUUGCUUUCCAAGGGUAUAACUUCAGAGAGUUAUAAAAGUUAUACACAGCAGCAAACAGAGUGAUUGAUAAUCCUAGAUAACUGACAUCUUGUCAAUUAUAAGUUAUUCGAAAUGUGUUGAUUUUUAAGAAGCUUUAGGUUACUGAAAAGAGUCCUUUUUUUAAGUUUUAUCUGAGCACAUUUGUUACUUAUAAAAAAGAAAUUAUUCAGAUGCAGCAGAUCUUCUUAUACUCGUUUUAUAACGCUGAUGCAACUUUUGACGCUGUACAAAGAUGACUGACUGAGAACCAGUGAUGAUGAUGCAACACUAUAUAACACUAUGUUCAAGGGUAAAAAUUAUCUUAUCGAUGAUGAUGCAAUUACUUAAUGACUCAACUUUUACGGUUCUCGUACUUUUGUCGUUAAGUAAUUGCAUCAUCAUCGAUAAGAUAAUUUUUACCCUUGAACAUUGUAUUGCAUCAUCAUCAGUGGUUCAAGAUGACAAAGAUGACUGGCUGAGAAUCAGUGAUGAUGAUGCAAUACAAUGUUCAAGGGUAAAAAUUAUCUUAUCGAUGAUGAUGCAAUUACUUAAUGACUCAGCUUUUACGGUUCUCGUAUUGUUGUGAUGACAAAUCACCUACUUAAUCGUCUUUUUUACUUGUUGGGAAUAGAUAAGAGUAAGAGCAAGCAUGCGUGCGACUAUUCGUACAUAAAACAGUGAACAUAUAACAAAACAGAGUGUGCCUGUCUAAUACUAAAUAACAUAUAUUUGUGUCAGCUUUUUGUAUUCUCAAGAAAAGAAAAUGUCGUCCGAUCUUACAGCUCCACCACAGAAAACUCGUGAAAUUCAGAAUCAUAUUUAUGAUUCAACGCGUUGGAAUACAUUCCAGUUUCAUGAUAAUGAUAUUAUAGUUGCAACAUAUGGAAAAUCAGGUACAACAUGGAUGCAACAGAUCGUAUUACAAUUAAUUUACAAUGGACAAGCAGAUUUAAAUGUAUCAGAAUUAUCGCCUUGGAUUGAUUGUGCGUUUGGACAAUCACGAAAUCAAACAACUGAAAAUUUACAGGAACAGCAUCGUCGAUGUCUUAAAACACAAUUACCCGUCGAUGCAUUAGUAUUUUCAUCAAAAGCCAAGUAUAUUUACGUUGCAAGAGAUGGUCGAGACAUCGCUUGGAGUCGAUUCAAUCAUUUCUCAAAUAUAUCUGAAAGUGCUCAUAAAAUGUUUGAAAAUGUCAAGGGAAGUACUUAUGAGCGACCAGCGACAAAUGUUGUUGAAUUCUAUCAUGAUUGGCUAAAUAAAGAUGGCUUUCCAAAUUUACCAUUCUGGCAACAUAUACGAUCAUGGUGGAAUAUACGUCAUCAACCAAAUGUUCUCUUAGUACACUUUCAGCAGUUGAAAAAUGAUUUACCUGGUCAAAUUCAAAGAAUUGCCAAGUUUUUGGAUAUUAAAACGGAUGAUGAUUUAAAAUGGAAUGAGAUUGUCGAGCAUUGUACAUUCGAUUAUAUGAAAGAACAUUCAGAUCUGUUUGUACCUGGCAAAAUGUCCGGCGCUGGUUCAAAGACAUUUAUUUACAAAGGUACCAAUGGACGUUGGAAAGAUCUGUUAACAGAUGGAGAUUGUCGUGAAUAUGAAAAAAUAGCUGAAGAACAGUUGGGAAAGGAAGCAGCACAUUGGUUGGCAACUGGUGAUAUGGAAAAAUGA